CCCCCUGAUCCUCCCUCUCCCCCACCCACCCCUAGAAACUCUAAGGCUAAUAGUGCUUGCUGCAGUCUUCUUUCGUCCCGCUCAGCUGCUGCUUGCUUAGGCAAGGUUUCGGAAGACACUGCCAAGAUGCCGUCUCAAAUGGAACAUGCCAUGGAAACUAUGAUGUUUACAUUUCAUAAGUUUGCUGGAGACAAAGGCUACUUAACAAAAGAAGAUCUGAGAGUUCUCAUGGAAAAAGAGUUCCCCGGAUUCUUGGAAAACCAGAAAGACCCUUUAGCUGUAGACAAGAUUAUGAAAGACCUGGACCAGUGCCGAGAUGGAAAAGUGGUCUUCCAGAGCUUCUUUUCACUAAUUGCCGGGCUGACCAUCGCAUGUAAUGACUAUUUUGUCGUACACAUGAAGCAGAAGGGGAAAAAAUGAACCCAAGCCAAGGAAAUCCCCCUGAUCCUUAUGCAUUGCAGUAUUCUGAGUGGCCAUUUUCAAGAUAUCCCCAUAUAGCUUCCCCUAGGAUGAGGCAGUUGCAUGAGCAGACCCAGGCCCUUAGAAUGUACAAACGAACUCCAGGCUUACAAUUUGACAGCUAGGGAAAGAAAAUAUAAAUAUAUGUCAGAUAAGCUUUUGAUUUUUUUUAUAUUAUAUGCACCCUCUACCCCACAAUAAAAAAAAACGCCAUCCUUUUUUAAUGUCUAA